ACAAUUAGCAUUACCAUACAUAAGUUUUUUUCUAAUAAUGGAGAUUUAUUUCACUGUAUUGCUUUUAAAAUAAAAUGUAUGUUUUUGCCUUCUUUCCAAAAACAGGAGACCACUAUUUGUGGAAUCUACAGCAACUAAGGAUAUAGCUACUUUUGUCAAAGUAAAAACUUUUCUUAUGAUUGUAACAAGCCACAUAAUUUUCCACUGCUCUGUCCUACAGGAAAGAUGAUUCGAAGUUCUCUGGGUUAUAAGAUAAUUAAAUGUCUUAUCUAUGGUGUCUGCUUCCUGUAUCUCCUGUUCUUUCAGAAUAUUAAUGAAAACAUCAUGUGUCAUUGCAUGACUGUUGACAAAUUACACAUGCAGUUUACUGAAAAUCUUCCCAUCCAGGCAAGCUUGAACUAUUUGGUCUCAAACAUUCCAACAAAUACCUCCCCAACCCCAAGCUGUCCUGCUAUUACUUUCUUAUGUUACCAAUUCCAUCAUCAGUUAUGAGCUUGUUAGCAGUAAUGUGUAAUGUAUGGAUACACAUCAUCAUUUGCCUAUUGCUCGUAUUUUAUGAUUUGUUAAGCACCUAAGAUACACCAUUAUGCUGUCUAAAUCAACCAAGUUCAGAGAAUAGCACUUCAUCUACAAAUUUUUACCUGCUAUCUUAGUCAUGUAUCUGAGAUUAGCUGGCUCCCUGUCAAAUGCCACAUUUUCACUGUAAAUACUUUCCAGCAGGCUCAGUUCCACAGAUGACUGUAGCUGUAAGGAAGACUAAUUCCCAUUUGCUUCACUAUAACAGAACUACUUUUAUAACUGUUCUAACAUGACUUCAGUACUUUCCUGGCCUUGGCACAAAACAUCUCCGAUUUACCAUAUUCACACACUAAUACGUAUGUUGGUGACUUUGUCACAUGUAUUGUGUUGCCUUAAUUUAUGUACUUUAGUUUGCCGUACAUACUGACACUUCGACAUCAUUAGUGAUAAGACCUAUACGAAGUAAGGUCAUGUACCAUACUAUUUGCCAAAGUGAACUACAUCCCAAAGCGCUGUGAAAUUGUAGUUGCGUGUGGCACUUUUUUCUAUAACUGUUAAAUUAGCGUACAAGUAACUAUAUCUUUCGUUCUAACGUAAAGCUGACGAAAGUAUAAAUUACAAAUGUUUUUGUUUAAUCAGCGGAAUGUAUACCAGCGCAGACAAGUACGGGUGGCCAACAAAUUAUUAGCUCCGUGUUGCAUAGACUGCGUAACUGGGCAGCUUUUGCUUACAUGUCAUGAGCAUUACUAUGCACAACAGGAGCAUCCACUUUAAAAAAAAAUGCAUUUUGCGUACAAAAUUAUGUUAAAAAGUUAACAGUCAUAGAAUUUUGGUGUUAUUUUCGCAUAAAGAACUUAAGACAAGGCAUUUUUCUUAUUUUGGCAGCACAUUGUUGACGUUUGUGAGAUUUCUUUUCAAUUCAUUCAAACUACUGUGUUUCACAGAAAACUAAGUAUUGUGUUUGUGGCAGCACUGCUUAAAACAAGCGACGUUUUGCGAAAGACAGCACGACAUCUACACAUGUAAAUACAGUGCAGUCAAUAGUGAGAUAACAUCAAUGAAAUUUUUACUACAACUGAGGAAGAUGCACUUCUGGCAAGCAUUGCGCAACUUGUACUGCGAACUGCACACCUAUAUAUAAGACAUCUCUGCCCCUGCGAGUUCAUUUGUCCGAAUACUAUUGCCGUCUACGGACACGUAAGUCUUGGUUGUGCGGUGUUACAAGUGUAUUUAAGUUCCGUCCUAUAAACUACGCCUAUAUCUCUCUGGAAGAAGUUACGACAUGGAACCAAACGGUGUAAAACGGUCGUGGAUGGACGAAAAUUUUAUGUUAGAUGUUCUGCGCACAGCGAAUUCGUCUGGCUUGACCAUUGAUAAAUUUGACGUCACAACAGCUCUGUCGCCAGGCAACAACUACAUCAGCGAAAUCUACCGUGUCAUUAUUGAAACUUCAGACCACCAAGUGCGCUCUGUGAUCGUCAAGUGUUUGCCGACCGCGGAAUACAACUUGAAGUUUAUAGCCGAUUCCCGCCUAUUUGAGAAAGAGACACUAUUCUACAGUGAAACGCUGCCUGCUAUGUAUAGUGUUGAAGAUGCUCAUUCCCUCAAGCUGGAACCACUGGCACCUGAGUGUUUUUACAGCGAACGUGACAGUCUCUUACUUCUCGAAGACCUCAACGCCGUCGGGUUCAAAAUGCCAGAUAGGCUGCAGGGACUGACCCUUGACGAAACAGUUCUGGCAGUCGAAGCACUUGCGCGAUUUCAUGCGUUAUCCGUGGAUUUGCCUGAUUUGGAGGAGCUGUACCCCGACACACUGUAUUGCGGUAAGGAUUUCGAACACGCGUCUCGGUACGUUGCUAACGGCGUUACAGCCCUUGCAGCGGCUGUCGAGACCUGGCCUGGGUUUCGUGAAUUGGGUCUUCGAUUAAGGGAAACAGCAAGAAGUGCGCAUGCACGUGUUGUGGAGCUUCUGGAAUCGAAAGAGUCACCCGUGCUAGUGUUGAACCACGGUGACUUCUGGACCAACAAUAUAAUGUUCCGUCGAGAUGCAGCGACUGGCCAGCCGGUCAACGUCCGCUUACUCGAUUUCCAAAUGUUGCGCUACGGAUCGCCCGCUCUUGAUCUACAGAUUCUUUUUAACACUAGUGUGAAGGAGGAGGUACGCCAUGAUCUCAGGGACACAGUACUGAAACGGUACCACGAUGCUUUCACUCGUGCGUGCAAACGCAUAGGACGGGAGUCCCAUUUUUCAUUGGAGCAGCUGCAUGCAGAAAUGGAAAGAAAUGCAUUCUUUGGUUUUUUAAAUGCCUGUCUCAUGUUGCCCGUGGUUUUAGCUGAGAGGGGACAGCCUCCAGAUUUAGGGCAUUUGGCAUCCAAUCCGGAUGCAAAGUUGGACUGCCAUUCUGUGUCGAGGUUCAGAAAACAGUUUCAACGGAUUCUUAUGGAGUCGAGGGAACUUUUGUGAUGCUAGUGUGUCAUAGCCUUCAAUUAAAAGUAAUAGUACAUAUAUUCAAUGACAUUUGCUUUCUGAAUAAGUUACUAGCCCAGCUGGCUACAAAUUUUAUUUAUCAACUUUACAUUGAAUCUGGAGAAGAUUUAUCGCCUUGUGUUACUAUAUUAGAGGAUUAAAGGACUAAGUGUGUGCUAGGGUUUAACCAUAUGAACUAGUUAGCGCAAAUUAUUAAUUGUCACAAUGUGAUUCCAAAACUGUUACACAAAGUACAGUAGCUUCUUUGUCUCAGCCUUGACUUGUUAUUUAUAAUCUAGCCACACAAGUGAGGUAAUGAAUAACCAUUUUUCAGAAUGACAAACAAAAUGAAGGCCUUGUUGUAUGUCUCAGUAACUUCCAGCCAGACAUUUUUUAAGGAUUCAGAGAACAUAUUGUGUUUCAUGUUCUCUGCAAACCGCCCUAGACUGUGAAUGUUGUUAAGUUAUCAUAGUGUUGAAAAUUUUGCAGUGGUAUGAAUUUAGUCCUCUUUUAGUUCAUGAAAAACAUUCUGAUACUGACAGAAAACUUAAAAGGAAACACAAGGUAAGAUUACAGCUUUAGUCACUAUAUAAUUUCUUAAUGCUAGAAUGCAAUGAAUGAUAUUUUCAUUUCUGGGAUACAGUAAUGGAGAUUUUUGUUGUUAUUCUUUCACUUUAGCAAUGCCCUUGUAUUCUCUUAGAUUAACUGCAGUUUUGUUGUAUGGGAUGCCGAGUUUCUACUCAUUGAGUAAUACUCAAAGUUAUGGCGUCAUACAUAGCUAUUUUCUUUUUGGCAACAGGAUUAUAGAAUUUGCGAAAAUAUUGCAUUUCUUCAUGUACAGAACUAGACAUAAAGAUGUGCAGCUUAAUCUAUAGCUAAAAUUAUCAUUAAAAUGCUUAUGCUUUGAAAAAAGUUGGUAUCAACCUGUAGCUGCAUGAUGCUUAAAUGAAAUUGUUAGAAAUCAUUAACAUGAUACCAGAUGCCACUUAACCAUUAACCUGUUUGAAAGUUGUGAAGAGAAAAGAAGUUGGAAUUGUAUUCCAGUACUUACAAAUUAACAACACAUUCAAACUACCAUGACAUAAAUGGCAAUGAGGCAGAAAUCUCCAAAUAGGAACAGUAGCAGGUAUGUGUAAAAUACAGGAAUGCAUGAAUGAGGCCAAGGAGUAGAGAUUGAAGGGAGCAAGACAAAAAAAUAAACAUGCACAUAUAGUCUCUGAAUUUUCUAAAUAAAUUAAAAACUGGGACAUGAAAGUCCUAGCAUUUCUGUCAUGACUGUAAACAGGUUUAAGAAAACGAAGAAACAGGAAAGUGAAUGCUGAAAGUGCUGACUGUUAACCUGUAUAUUAAUAUACAGUAUCUGUAACACAAGGUAAUGAGAUGUUGAGGUAUGGUGGACAUUUAUCUGUGCUACCAAAAAUGUCAGUGAGACUCUUCACUCUAUGUGUCUUCAGUUACCAACCAUUAAAACACUUUAAAGAAGUAUAUCUAAUGUUAGUCUAUAACAAAUAAUAUUUGCAACAAACUACUAUGAAUGUUGCAUAUUAUUCUUGCCACAACUUUUUCAUCUGCAAUUACCUGAAAUUAUAAUAUUUCAGGCAGUUUUGCCUUCAUCACAAAUUUUUACUUAUUGAAUGAACAGGUUCACUUUUGUGGUUGCAGAUUAUUUUAUUUAAUUAUCAAGCCUUUGAUAAAAGCCCUACAUUGUUCUCUGAUGAAACUGGGGCUUAUGAGUUACAGUAAGAAACUACAAUGUAAUCCAAUUAAACAGAGUAGAGAGGUUUUAACUCAUACCGAUGUGUUGUUAUCAGUUCUGCUGAGAUUUUAAAGAUGGAACUUUCCUACUGAAAACUGUUUAUGUAAUUUCUUAUUUUAAAAAAGCAGUGUUUAUUCAUGAUAGUGAAAUCCCACUUGCCAUUACGUGUAAUAGAUUUUGCCAUGCUUAAGAAAAAUUUUAUGACUGUGCUGUGUCUUUGAUUAAGUUUAUGAUUAUCUUGUUCCUUUUGGAACAAGCUUUGUUAAGAAAAGAAAAUAUUUGUCAGUAGUUGGUAUUGUACAGUUAAGAAACAUUAAGAAUUUUAGUUUUCAAGGAAGCAUACAAUUACACACGUUGCCAAACAUAUCUUACAAACAGACUUAUACUAUUUAAUUUUGUAUGUAGAUUUCAGUUCUGUAUAGUACUGUAAUGGUAGCCUACAAAAAUUUGGGGCAAGGGAUGUGAAAUUUCUGAAUAGUAAUGCAUAUAUAUACUGAGUUUCUGAAUGAAGAUAAUGACUCCUGUUGUGUCUUAUUAAAUAGUCAAUUCUUAUUAUGUCCGAUUCAUUUCAGAUGUCAGUAUUAUGUGAAUAAUUUAAAGUUUUACUUACUUCACCUUUGAUGCAGUACUCAUUUGUUGACUCAGGUUUCCACCAUUGCUGUUUUUGAACUUGACUAAAUUUUAAAUGAUUUUAACAUUAUAAAGUGUACUUUUCUACCCUCAAUCAAAUGAGGAUAAAGUGUGUAAAUGCAUUGCAAUGAAGAAUUUAGUUUGUCAAAUCUUCAAGAUGCAUAUGAAUCCACACUAUAUAGUCAUAUUUAUCCAAAUGAAUGUUUGUGUAUUUUUAUGCCAUCAUGCCAAAAUGUGAAAGAAGCUAUUUGCCCUUAUGGAUGUAAAACAUAUAGCCUAGUAAUAAGAUCAUUGAGGGCAUAAAUACCUUAUACGCUCUAUAUUUUCUCUGAGGAAACAUUGAUACAUUCAUUGGAUUUCAGAAUGAGUAGGUGGUAGGCUCUGAAACAAUAAACAAAGAUAAGUCCUCAUCACACCAGCUAAAAAUUGUAUACAUUCGCACAACCUUGUUUUACUGGAUCUUUGUGGGUAGGGACUGCAUCUUCCUAUCACCUUUGGAGUUGGUAAGUCAGAAACACAAACAGAGAAAAAACAAAUCGUGGAAUCUCAAGCUUUCAGAACUGGUAGUUCCUGUAACAGUCUACAGAAUCAUUAAAAAUUGUGCAAAAUGUGAAUGAAGAGAAGUAAAUGCGGAAGGUAUUGAUUCUGGUUAUAAGUGUUAUUACAUAUGAAUUCACAAGGUAUAUGGAAAAUUAUUAGAAUUACAAACAGUUAAGGAUGUGCUGUUUGGAAAGAAAAGUUAUCUGCAGAAAAAUAACACUUUUAGGGAGUGAUUUGUUACUAAUUGUUUUCCUCUAAGCCUACAGCUUUUUUUUGGUGUGUAGCUUACAUUUACCCUGAAUGUCUCAGUGAGUUGAUUGUUUUUUAAAUGGGGCAAUUUCAUGCUGCAGUAUGUUUAAUAUUCUGUGUUUCAGUAUAAAAACAAGUCUCUUGUUUAUGUCUUUUGUUAUUCAGUGUGUGGGUAAUAUUUAGUCAUGUGUACUGUUGGUAGCAAUGAUUGGACAUACAUUCUGUGCAGUAAUUGUGGUGCAGUUUGUAAAAGUGACAGUGUACUGUGCAUGUAUUGGAACUCUUUAUACUGAAUGCACACAAAUUGUUGGUUUUAUUAAAAUAUAAUAAUUUUUUUA